GUUUUGACCAUUGACAGAAAGGGAAAGUUCAUCUUUCCCGUCUCUUUUGAGACGUUCAAAAAGAGCGUGGAUUCGAGGAAGAUGCGGAAGCUGCUUUACCACAGGGAAUUAAACGCGCCCGAAGGCACCCAGCAAGGAGAUCGGAUGCUGAUGGCGUAUAAGCACUUUUAUGCGUUCCCGGUAGCUCGAGUAUUCACGGAUAUUUUCAGUGAUGAUCUAUCUGAUGCCCAGCUGACAAAGUUGUUGGGAGGAGGUAAAAGCAUUCCAGCUACCGGUGCCACAUCCAGCCAUCCGAUCUCGCUGAGCUCCGCGGACCACUUUGAUGUCGUUUUCAAUUGGGAAAGUACCUAUCAGUAUCCCGUGUCCUUUGAAUUGUUCAUGUGUUGUAUUAACUACGACGAACUCAUCGGCCCCUUGCUGAAAUAUUGGAUCACAGACGAGUCGCGGCUGCCGGCCCUGUUGGCCAAACCGCAUGACUAUCACUCGUUCUACGUUGAUCCCAGUAUACGGAGACUAUUCAACUACCGAUUCAAGAACUCAUAA